AUCCACUUUUCGCGGUGUUCUACUCGUCGUCAGUAGGGUCGCCCUUGAAUCUUCUAUCCUACCCCGCUGAUUAGUCAUUUAUUUAUUUUUUGUGAUAUUAAUCUCCUCUUCUUCUCCACCGUACCACCUUCAUCGCACUGUGUCAAGUGACUAUUUCUGUGUUUUACGCAAAAAGAGUUCUUCGUACGGUCCCCUAGAUUACUAGAACAUCUGACUCAUUCAUCGCUUAAAAGUGUGGCCCAUAUUUUGAAUCGUCGCAUUUUUGAUCCAACGUUCUAAAGGUGAGCAUCGGUUGGUUGCUGCAUAUUACGUGAUUUGGCUGCUGGUUGGCUGACGAAACGCGGACGACGUGUGGUGCAAAGUUCAAGAACCGGCUUGUGGUGCCAGUCGCAAACAUCCGACCAUACAGAACACGAUCCGGUUUUACAUUCUUGAUAGUGCGCCUGAGUGCGAAGUUGGUGAAUCGUGUGAUUGCCGUCCAGCAUUUCGUGAUAAAGGAAUCGCGAAAAGUCCACGAGCACGCCUGGAACAUGGUCUUCCCAUCAUCUUCCUCUGCUAUCUCGCCGGAAGCUGCCAAAUGGAGGCGUACCUACGAUUCGAUCAAAGCUGGCCACGACGAUGCGUACCGCACGAUCGAGCGAGCGAUCAAAUUCGAGGAGCACGAGCGACCAGACCUAGCACUGCAGGCGUACAAAGACGGCAUCCGGCUCAUCGAUGAAACGCUCGCCCUUCCGGUUGAGGUACCACAAGUGCGCCAGCCGGAAGUCACGGGUGCGCAAGACCAGCAACAACAGCAGCAAACACCAGUGGCCACUGAAGACGAUAGCUGGCAGAAAGCGAUCGCCAUGAUCCACAAACUGAAGCGUACCCGUGGUGAGGUGCUGCAGCGCGUAGGACAGCUUGGAGGAAGCAGCACCAGCGCCAACGCUGCUGCUGCGGACGAAGGAUCCCAAUCGAAUGGACAGCGACCAUGGACGUACACCGAGCUGGCAAUGGCACUACGGGAGAUGUCCUAUCCCGAAGGUGGCGAAGAGGAGUUACCACGGGAGUUGAACGCAGGGCUGGAACUACUGUUCUCCUGUCCCGGUGUUCAGGUGUACUAUAUCGAACCGGACGGCGUCGUGAGCCAAACGAUGACGGACUCAACAUUACGCAUCGUCCGGAUCGAGGCAGACGAGCGGCGUAACCUGCAGGCAACCGUGUUCCUGCAGGUCAUCGAAACACGCAACGCAACCGUCAUUGAAAACGCGGAAGAACCACUGCUUGUGGAGCUGGAAGAGGAUGAGGAGAAGCAGAAGGAGAAAGAAGAUGGUAGUAGCGCAGGUACUGCAGCACCGGAGAAGAUACCGGAGCAACAUGCUAACGAUGAAGCGCCUCAACUUUCGGACCAACCCGCAACACCAUUCCUGCUUUAUCCCCUUAUCCCUGGCGUAUCGCCCUGUUAUCGGACGGAGUACGGGGCGUUCAUUUUGCCCGAUCUGGAGAGCACCGAGAACCAGCGCGAUGGACGUGCGAUCGGAUUAGUGGUACCGCCCGGUGCCGAUGAGGUCGUACUGGAAAUUCUGGUUGCUAUGCUACAUGGCAUCGUCACACAGCCAGCCAGCAGUGUACCACGCAUUCGGAAGCGAUCGCUUUUGCCCGAUUCCACCACCGUAUCGGCCGGUAUCAUCAAGGGGGCUUACUAUCUCUCCCAGGGCCUGGUACGGGGUGCCGAGCGCACCGGCCAGCUCAUCGCCACCGGUACACCGUACGUCAUAUCGCGGCUCGGUCAGAAACCAUCCGAACCAACGCCGGAAACAGAAACGGUACAAGUGCCACCGAAGGUACGCACCGGCAUCGAGAUUGCGCGCAACGUGACCGGUACAGCGGCCGGUGUAACGAGCUACGUCGCAGGGAAGGUCGGUUCGGCCACGAUGGCCCUAGGACGGUUUCUGGCUCCCCACAUUCAACGCCAUGGAAGUGCGCUACUGGCGUAUGGUACGGGCAUGAGCGAAGCGGCAGCUUCGGAGAAGAUGAACGGAGCGCUCACGAUUUGUGCCGGAGCGGUAGAAGGUUUCGGAACGGUUUACGAAGGCCUUGAACGAUCCGCCAGCAUUUUGGGUCAAAGCCUAAGCGCCAGCACAGUGCAGAUCGUGGAGCAUCGAUAUGGAACCGAAGCUGGACGUGUGGUCGGCAGCUCACUCGAUACGGUCGGCAACGUGAUCAACGUGACGCACAACAUAAACUACAUGACUCCGAAGGGGCUCGCCAAGCGGACGGCGAAGAAUGCGGGCAAAGCACUCGUUGCCGGCUAUCGGCCAUCGGUUCCCGAGCUUGAUGCGGUCACCCUCGGAGGCGCUGGAGCUGGUGAUGCUGCUGGAGGCGCUGGUGCUAGUGGAAGCGGUACCAUCGUACCAGCGGCCGUUCUCUAUCCGGAUUUGGAAGGACUGGCGAAAGAGGUGCGAAAGCCGGGAGAUAAAUAGAUAACGUUGGAAGUCGAUAACAUGUCGAUAGCUCAACGCAAGACCAAGGGACCUUGGAUAAUCGACUCACAAUAAGCCAUCCUAGAUUACGGAACAGGCCAUCCUCAUCAUUGGGAAUCUCAUAAUUAUUGCUUAGGAUUUUAGUGGUUAAGGGUUGUUGAAGCCGAACGAUUUGGUGUUAGCAGAAGAUGUUCUUAUGCAAGUAACCGUUUUGAAGAGAUUUGUUAUGGGAAUGGUGUAAUGGAUCUGAGAUUUGUUAUAAUAUUAAGACAAUUAAGUCACCGGAGCAGAAUAUACAAUAAAUAUAUCAGACGAAAUUUGGUUUACCUCAUUUUCUUAUCAAAUUUCCAGCGUUCCGAGAGUCCUUCUUCUGCUUUUUCUCCUGGU